GGCUUCGGGGACGGCCAGCCGAGAAGGGCCGGCUUGGAGAGACGGCACAUUCGUCGAGGAGGAGGUGAGAAUGCUGCUCACCUGGUUCAGCUGCAGGCCAGUGUCUUCGAAACUGGUGGCUCUGUAAUUCAGCCUCGGGAACCACCAACAUAGGACCAUGGAAGCCCACGAGUUGUUCCAGUAUUUUCGGAUGCCGGAGCUGGCUGACUUCAGACAGUACGUUCGUACUCUUCCCACCAACACGCUCAUGGGCGUUGGAGCUUUUGCAGCCCUGACCACUUUCUGGUACGCCACGAGGCCCAAAGCCCUGAGGCCACCGUGUGACCUCUCCAUGCAGUCGGUGGAAGUGCCGGGUAGUGAUGGCGCUCGGAGAUCCACCCUCCUUGAUAGUGACAAGCCCUUGGUGUAUUUCUACGAUGACGUCACAACGGUAUAUGAAGUUUUCCUGAGGGGUAUACAGGUGUCAAAUAAUGGCCAUUGUUUGGGCUCUCGGAAGCCGAACCAACCCUAUGAGUGGCUUUCAUACAAACAGGUUGCCGAAAUGUCAGAGUCUGUGGGGUCGGCGCUGAUCCAGAAGGGCUUCAAGGCUGGCCCAGAGACGUUCGUUGGCAUCUUUGCCCAGAACAGACCGGAGUGGGUCAUCAUUGAACAAGGAUGCUUUGCUUAUUCAUUGGUGGUUGUCCCCCUCUAUGAUACCCUGGGAACCGAAGCAAUCACCUACAUAGUCAACAAAGUUGAACUCUCUCUGGUUUUUGUUGACAAGCCAGACAAGGCCAACCUCUUAUUAGAAGGUGUCGAAAAUAAGUUAACACCAGGCGUUAAAAUCAUAGUUCUCAUGGACUCCUUUGACGUUGAUCUGUUGGAACGAGGCAAAAAGUGUGGGGUGGAGAUCCUCAGCUUCAAGACAAUGGAGGACUUGGGAAGAGCGAACAGACAGAAGCCCAAGCCUCCAGCCCCUGAAGAUCUUGCCGUAAUCUGUUUCACGAGUGGAACCACAGGCAACCCCAAAGGAGCAAUGAUUACUCAUCAAAAUAUAGUGAGCGACUGUUCAGCUUUUGUGAAAAUGACAGAGACUGCAUUCAGGCCUUGCCCAGAUGAUACUUUGAUAUCUUUCUUGCCUCUUGCCCAUAUGUUUGAGAGAGUCGUGGAGUGUGUGAUGCUGUGUCACGGAGCUAAAAUAGGGUUUUUCCAAGGAGAUAUCAGGCUGCUUAUGGAUGACCUCAAGGCGCUUCAACCCACUGUCUUUCCUGUGGUUCCAAGACUUCUGAACCGGAUGUUUGACCGAAUUUUUGGCCAGGCAAACACCACACUGAAGCGAUGGCUGCUGGAUUUUGCCUCCAAGAGGAAAGAGGCAGAACUUCGCAGUUGCAUCAUUAGAAACAACAGCCUGUGGGAUAAACUAAUCUUCCACAAAAUACAGUCAAGCCUGGGAGGAAGAGUCAGGCUGAUGGUCACAGGAGCUGCGCCCGUGUCUGCUACCGUGCUGACGUUUCUGAGAGCAGCCCUUGGCUGUCAGUUUUACGAAGGCUAUGGGCAGACCGAGUGCACGGCCGGGUGCUGCUUGACUAUACCUGGAGACUGGACGGCAGGCCAUGUUGGUGCCCCAAUGCCUUGCAAUUUAGUAAAACUUGUGGAUGUGGAAGAAAUGAAUUACCUGGCUGCCAAGGGUGAGGGCGAGAUAUGUGUGAAGGGGUCGAAUGUAUUUCAAGGCUACUUGAAAGAUCCAGAAAAAACAGCAGAAGUUCUGGAUAAAGAUGGCUGGUUACACACGGGGGACAUUGGAAAAUGGUUACCAAAUGGCACCUUGAAGAUUAUCGACAGGAAAAAGCACAUAUUUAAACUGGCACAAGGAGAAUACAUAGCGCCUGAGAAGAUUGAAAACAUCUACCUGCGAAGUGAACCUGUUGCUCAGGUGUUCGUCCACGGCGAAAGCCUGCAGGCAUUUCUCAUAGCAAUUGUGGUACCAGACGCAGAGACAGUAGGUCACUGGGCCCGAAAAAAAGGAUUUGAAGGAUCCUUUGAAGAACUGUGCAGGAACAAGGAUGUCAAAAAAGCUAUCCUAGAAGACAUGGUGAGACUUGGGAAGGAGGCUGGCCUAAAAGCAUUUGAACAGGUCAAAGGCAUUGCUCUCCACCCUGAAUUAUUUUCCAUCGAGAAUGGCCUUCUGACCCCAACAAUGAAGGCUAAAAGGCCAGAGCUUCGGAAUUAUUUCAGGCCACAGAUAGAUGAACUUUAUUCCACUAUCAAAGUUUAAGGUGAGGAAGAAAGCUUGGAAGAAACCACACACCUUCACAAUCUUCUCCUGAUGGCCUUCAUGUUGGUAAUUUUGACGACAGCAAGCUUAGGGAAGGGAAUGUCCAUGUUUGACUUAUGCAUUCAGGGUUCGUGUCAUAGGAAUAUUAGAGGAAAUGGAACACUGCCUUACAGCCACCUCGUGUUGCAGACCAUGUUUAUGGUGAUACACAAUUUCCAAAAUGAGCCUUAAAAAUUGUAAAGGGGAAACUAUAAAUGUGCUAAGUUAUUCACGACUUCCUCAGUUAAAAAGGCGGGUGUGAAAACUUCUGUCUCCCUGUUUUUCUAACCAAGGGAGAGGACUUUGCUCUUUCUGGGAUAUCUGCUGCUUGCUGCAAAUUCUGCAGUUGUCUGCUGCUCUAAAGAGUACCGUGCACUGGGGGACUAUGUCCCCUGUAAACAAGAACUGUCUCGGCUGGAGAAUGUCACAAGUGGACCAGAGAUUUGGUUUCAGUCCCUGCCACCUUGCCUUUCCCAUCCCACGUGUGCUCUCACAACCCUUCUGAUUAAGGGUUGUGAAACCCAUGCUCUUCUCCACAGUCCCCUGUUGUUCCUUUGGAGCAGGAGUUUCCUAGUGAAGUGAAGGACAGACCCAACUCAGAACGGUGCAGAGUCUCCGAUGGAUGGCCGCUCGCCAGGGUGAAUGGAUUCUGGCACCCACGGAGCAGCAUGCUCUCGGACCCUCUCCUCCAGACCCGGUUUCCUCCUUCCAUCCCUUCCCAGAGGUUAUUAAAAAAAAAUCUGCCUUAGACUCUACAAUGAAGACAAGCAUUUCAAGAAGGAAAUAAUUACCUAAGUCAACCAUGCUCAACUGUGACGCUUAAAUAACUGUCCACUUUAUCUUCACUGAACCACUCUUUCUGAUGGCCAACAGAUUUUUAAUGUGGUUUUCAUAUCAAAAGAUCAUGUUGUGAUUAACCGGCUUUUUUCCCCAGAAUAAACUCUCAGGCAAGGCAUGUCUUUAAAAAUAUUAAGGGAAUAGAUAUACUUGGGUACUUAUUUAAAUGGACGGUAAUAAACCAAUACUCUUCUAUCAUAAUGCUACCCGAUUUCUAUAAAAUGUAUUUGACAAGCCAAACUUCUAGGAUGUAGAAAUCUGGAAAACUCAUUUCCUGGGAUUAACUUCUCAAGGGAUUUUUUUUUUUAAGUUAAUUUGGGAAAUUAGCAGCAUUUCAUUUUACUGCAAGUGUUUGCCACACGUGACUGAAUUAAGUUGUCAUUUCUAUAUUUAAAGCAAUUGUUUUUGGGUAUGUGAGAGUAUAUGUAUUAUAGAAGCACAACAGGAUUUGCACUAAAGAAUUGUUGUUGUAAUAACACUAUUUGGUAGCCUAACUUCCUCUGUGUAUUCUUAAUCGCACAAAAAGUCAAUAAUUUGUCACAUUGGGAUUUUGAUUGUUUGCUUUCACUGUUGGCUAUUUCUAUGUUUUAUAAACCAAAACAAUUUCCAAAAACAACGCAGGAAACCAAAAUAAAUAUUUCUGCAUUUCAA